AUGUUAGCCAAGGCGCAAUACUCUGCUUCACUGGGCGACUCGUCAUCCCAGACCCCCGUCACCGCCUACCAUACGUCCUCCCAGCGACCAGGCACUGCGACCAGAAGACAAGAUGGGGGCUUCACCAGCCCAACUAAGUCGGAGUUUUCAGAUGGACAAGAUGAUUUGGGCGCUGUUCGGGCUUGGGACGAAAAGAAAGUUGUCUCCUGGCUGCAUAGCAUCAAGUGUGGUCAAUAUGAACCAAUCUUUAGAGCAAAUAAUUUCAACGGAGACAACCUGAUCGACUGCGACCAAAAGAUCUUACAGGAAAUGGGUAUCAAGAAAGUGGGAGACCGAGUGCGCAUCUUUGUCGCAAUCAAGCAACUGAGGAACAAAUCCAUGGUCAAUCCGAGGCAGAAGAAUAUUAAUAAAUUGGCCGCCAUGGAAUCAGCAGCAUCGGACCCCUCUCGUCUCUCCAUCUACCCAUCCCUGAGCAACCGUCGAAUGUCCCAAGUAGCUGAAGACCAUUCAGGCAAAUCAUCCCCUGUUUCUCCUGGAGAUUCAAAUACCCUGCGUCGGAAAGAUAGUUUCUUCAACGGUGGUCGUAAUCUUAAUGAUGGUAUUUCACGAAGCUCCCACCCGCGCAAUCCUAGUCUGGAUGGGCUGACAAUGGGCCCGCUCCCUCCCCACUCUCCAGUGAUCAGGGUUAUUUAUACAGGUGGUCAAACCAAAGUCCUCGAUAUACGACAUUGCAAGACUCCCGACGAAGUCAUGGUUGGUGUUCUCAAGAAACUGCAGCUGCCAGAGCAUCAAUACAGAAACUAUUGCUUUUACGUUCUAGAUGGACUGGAACCGGACAUGUCAAAUUGCAGAAGGCUUACCGAAAAAGAGUUGAUGGAGAUCUGUGAAGGUGUCAAUAAGUCAGAACGUGGCCGUUUAAUCCUUCGAAAGAUCCAUGCGGGAGAGCCAGAUAUGGAUGAGCUUCAUCGUGCUUCUCAGCUGGCCUGUGACGAAAGCUCUGUUACACAUCAAAUCGCCCUGGGCAAGUCCAGUUCUCGGCAAAAGCACAAGAUCCAACAGCUCACAGGUGAAUCAUGGCAAGUCAUUAAUACCAGACAGCCAGUGUCUCCAGUUGGUCCCCGACAUCGCCCCUCCAUCUCGGUCGACCAAGACCAACAGUCGCCGAACGAACGUAAUCCUGUGGCCAAGCUACGCUCAUUUUUCGGUCAGAGACCUCCAAGUGAAAUGAUUAUCCACGAGCUUCCGUCAUUCUUCCCCAGUCAUGAACGCGAGGAAAUCGAAAAGACAAUGCGGAGGUCUCAACGCCUCAGUCGUGCCACCAGCCGUCUGAGUGUUGUCAGUAAUUUCAGUGUUGCAUCGAGUCUCAGGGAUGCGCCACCUCUGCCACCACUGCCUUCAAUUCCUCCAAUGCCCAAUAUAGCCGAUGCCUGGUACCAACAACAAAAAGGGGCACAGGCCUUACAGGCCCCACGGCCUAUCUCUAUCCUUACCUCCAAAUUCAACCUUCCUCAGUCCUCAUAUCGCGACUCUGUUGCAUCGAGCACCCUUCAGCCGCUGCAGGAAGAGUCUCCCAUUGAACCAAACCGCAAGUCGUAUGUCUCGUUGGACAGUGGUUCUGACGAACCGAAUCCCUCACGACAGAGUAUGCUGGAUGAGAGUCUAAGCAUUGCCGCCACCGACGGUGGUUCCUCUAAUGAUCGCCUUAGCAUGAUCGCUGUCGAGGAUGAUGAGGAGGAAGAUCCCGGCCUGAAUGACUUCCUGGCGGGCAACAACUUUGCACCGCAGAAUUGGAUGAAGGGAUCUUUGAUUGGUGAAGGAUCUUUCGGAAGCGUAUUUCUGGCUCUCCACGCCAUUACCGGAGAGCUCAUGGCAGUCAAGCAGGUCGAAAUUCCAUCAGCCACCAAAGGAACAGAAUUUGACCAGCGUAAGAACAGCAUGGUUACGGCUUUGAAGCACGAGAUCGAGCUGUUACAGGGAAUGCAUCACCCUAAUAUUGUGCAGUAUCUUGGAACAUCUGCCGAUGAUCAGUUCCUCAACAUUUUCCUAGAGUACGUGCCCGGUGGUUCUAUCGCAACAAUGUUGAAGCAAUACAACACAUUCCAGGAGCCCCUGGUCAAGAACUUUGUUCGCCAAAUCCUGGCAGGCUUAUCCUACCUGCACAGUUGUGAUAUUAUUCACCGUGAUAUUAAGGGUGCCAACAUUCUUGUCGAUAAUAAGGGUGGUGUUAAAAUUUCUGAUUUUGGUAUCUCAAAACGUGUGGAGGCCUCCCAUGUCCUUGGCUCCCGAGCCAGCAGUGGUGGUGGUGGCCACUUGCACCGCCCGUCUUUACAAGGAAGUGUAUACUGGAUGGCACCCGAAGUGGUGCGACAAACAGCCCACACUAAGAAAGCUGAUAUCUGGAGUUUGGGCUGUCUGGUCGUGGAGAUGUUCAUUGGAGCCCACCCCUUCCCAGAUUGUAGUCAACUGCAGGCCAUUUUUGCCAUUGGUAGCAACAAAGCACGCCCACCUGCUCCAGAGCAUGUGAGUCAAGAGGCUGUAGAGUUCCUUGACAUGACCUUCCAACUUGACUACGAGAAACGGCCCAGUGCAGAUGAGCUGCUUAAAUGCAAGUUCUUGUCUAUGCCUCUUGCCUGA